AUUCAAAAUGCCCAGAUGACAUGGGAUUUGAUCUUGAAGAUGCUCUUGGUCCAGAUCCCAAACCUGAACCCAAUAAGCCUGUUAAGCCACCCAGCACCGGAGGUGGUGGAGGCUCAUUUGAUGACUCAGACUUGGCUGAUGUGGGCGCAGGAGGGUACAAGCCUGAUGGCGGCGAUUCAGGAGGUCGCCACCAAAACUACGAUGACAGUAAUGGCCAAGGUGGUGCGGGGGAAACUAAAGGAGCUGAAACGGGCCAGAUUGCAGGAAUUGCCAGCGCCAUAGGAGUGGCAAUCCUCGGAGCAGCAUCCAGUUACUUUGCCUAUCAGAAGAAGAAGCUCUGCUUCAAGCUGCAGGGUGGUGCAGAUCCAGAGAGUGGCAAGGGCCAUCAAGGCACUCAUUCUGAACCCCAAGUUCUCAGCAACCUGCUCAGCUCGUCCUAGACGUCCUUUCCUGAACACACAUUUGAGACCUCAUCCGUGGGCUCCGCGGCUCACAGAACCGAAGUUGAAUGAACUGUCACGUCGUCACAUUUGCCGAGAGAGAUCGAGUUCUGGAUGUUUCGCCGCCUUCCGCUUUGUUUUAAUCAACGGAUCGAUUCAAAAAGCUGACUGUAAAAGCUCUAAAGCGAUUGUUACCCUAUCUGUAUGACACAUUUUGUUGCAUUUAUGUUUGGCUUACUUGACAUUGCUCUGUCGCCACUCUCUCAUCUGAGAUAUGACUUAAAUGAUGGUUCAACCUGACAUUGGCUUUUGCACAUAGCUUUUUGUAUGUUUUACUAUUGUACAAAUGUUUUUUUUUCUUACGGAUAACCCUUAAUGUGUAUUUUUGCUCGCUUGCACCUGCAGAUAUAUGAGGUGUACUGCAUCGGAAAGCUUCAGAUGAUGUCUAAUAAGUUUGCAGUCAUAGAAAAGUAUACAGCAUUGGGCAUCUGUUAAGUAAGUGGCGUUAAACAAACCAAGUUAUUUGCUAGCGUUUUUUUACUGAUCGUAUUUGGCACGGGUCUGACGGCACCUAUAACCUGCUAUACAGAUGUUUGUUUUUGAGAUGUGUAUUAAUACACUAUAACCACCAAGUGACUGGACAUGGAUCCACCAGAAGGAUUUACCUUUUUUUUUUCUUUUUUUUUUUAUUGUUAAAGCUUUACUGUUCAGUAUUUUCAAAAGAAGGUUGGUACUACAUACUACAUAGGGUGUUAACCUGAGCUUUAUGUGUGCAUUUUAACACUUUUACUUCCUAGUUUUAAGUUUUAUCCGUUAGUUUUGCCUCAACAUACAAAGUUCUGCAUACAUAGGCAAGGCUUUGAGGCAGUGCAGCAAAUAUGAUCAACAUACCCCCCCCCCCCCCCCCCGUUCUGUGUCUGUGCCCUACAGCCCACAAUGCCAUCAAGGCUGAAUUUAUUUCUUUUCUUGGUAACCACGUGGGAGAAAGCAUCCCCAUUGCCUCACACCGGUGCCCAUGUGUCAUUGCCUUAUCGCACAAUGAGAUGAGCACCUGAAUCGCCGAAGAGUGCUGGCACAUUGUGGGGUUUUCGGUGGGUGGGUCGCUAGGUGGGUGGGUGGUACCGGCUAUGAUACCAAAAUUUCGAAAUCAAUCAUAACCUGGAAUGUAAAUACUGAGUGAAUACUAAUGUGUAUAGAUGCCUUGAUGAUGCACCGUGCUUUUUGGGGUUUUUUUUCCGCCCAAUGACGGGAUCGUUUGAUGUGUAUUCUGGGUGUGUAUGUUUUGUUUUGUUUUUUUGGGAGAAAGCUGCCAUUAUUGUGUUAGAGUUCAACUUGUAAAGACGUUAUCCAGACAUACUACAGCUGUUGGUUAGAUAUAUCAUUUCCUUGUGUUUGUUCAGAUCCGGGAGUCACUCAUCACAGACGAGCGGAUGAACAGUGUGGGUUUCAAUAAAGUGUUGUACAGA